AUGGAGUAUGAGAAAUGUUACGUCUUUGAGCCAAAGGAUGCCUUCCCAAGUAAGCGCCGUCGCAUUCAGCCGACGGGCCUACAAGCAUCAUGGCCGCGCAGACGUAUGGCUUACGAAAGUGCCUGGUCGGCUGUGCAAAACGAGAUUGAUUUACGACUGAGUUCUUUGAACGCUACAACACUUGAAGAAAUUGCACAGUUCCUAGAUGAACUCCUCACAGACCCCCCAGCAGGUCGCACGCCUGCGGGAUUUGCAUUGACUGGACCAAAUUCUACUCUAUACAGCGCUCUCGCGUCGCAGCCGUUCGUUGGCGCAUCAGCAGAAGCCCGACGGCUCUAUGUGCCCAUCGCAUCCACGGUUGGGAACAAUCUCAAAGGCAUCCUCAAAUAUAUCAUUCACAAGGCAACAUCGCGAACAUACGACGAUGACGAUUUCGAUGAGAUUGAUAACAGGGCAUCGAUGCGAAAGGAGCCGCGAUAUUUGAAUUACGACCUCCAGAUCCUUCACAAUUAUGUUCGUGAGCACGAGAUCAAGCAGGUCAUCAUCGCGCUCGAAGACACCGAGGCCUUUGAUAGUCAUUUGCUCUCUGACCUGAUUGAGCUCCUGACUUGUUGGCAAGACCGCUUUUCCAUUGUGCUUCUGUUCAAUGUGGCGACCUCAAUAUCCUUUCUUCAGCAGCGGUUACCUCAAGCGGCCGUCAGGUGUCUCGCUGGUCGUGCAUUUGACUCAGCGCUUCUUGUGGACGAAGUAGAGCAAGUGAUGGAAGUGGUGACUAGCUCUAGCAACCGACUUUGGCUAGGUCCCAGUAUCUCUUCUCUACUUCUCGAGCGACAACGUGAUUACACCCAAAGCAUUGACACUAUUGUGGAAGCCGUACGCUACGGAUAUAUGUCACACUACUAUGCCAAUGCCCUCAGUAUUUUUCUGUCUUCGCCGAGCUUGGAGGACGUUCCCAGCGAUCACUUUGAAGCGCUACGGAACGUAGCCUCCUUCCGAUCAUUUGCAGAUAGCCUCCUCGAGGCAGGCGAUGUCGAGCAACUACGCAACCUACUGGUAUCAGACGAAGCUAUGUUUGACUUGACGAUGAGUGCUAUCGCUGAAGGGAAGCUUGCGAUCUCGCGCAUCAUACAUGCCACCGAGGUCAUACGCUGCGUGCAAGCUGGUCUUGGUGACGCACAUAUAACUCCCAAAACCAGUCUCUACAUGCAGGCUAUAUCUGGCAAGCUCAGACGAUCGCCUAUGGUGCGUGGCUUACUUUUAUCGACGAGGAAGACGGCAUCUGAUGCCGUGCUCGAGCUCAUGCGCAAUCUUGUCCGGCUUGAGAUCCCGUCUGACGUGAAACUCCGUGGACUCGAAAUUCAUGCUCGUCUCGAGGAGCUAGUGAAAUCCAACACAGUCGAUGGCCAGGCGUCUCAACCCCUCCGCAGCGCCGACGAUGUCAAGCACUCCACUCUUCGCACCACUGUCGUUGCUCAGAAAGUUGAGCUUAGCAAGCAAAAGUCCGCUCUUUCAGAACAGGACGCUGCCUACACCACCUUGCUACGGGAAUUCACCGAUUUCUUGGAAGAGUACCUCGAUAGCGCUUUAGUCUCGCCAAAAGAACUUCUCAUGCACGAAAUAUUUCUUUACGAUUUACGUUCACCUCAUCGGGAGGUUUUGACCCCACGCCCACGACACGCAAUCGAGCGUGCGCUCACUGCUCCCCACGACUAUCUCGAUUGCGAUUGCUGUUGUCCAGACCCUGACGGUGCUGCAACACCCAGAGAACAUGGCGGCAAUGAGAUCAGCCUCACGUCGUCACAGCCAGCGACGGCUCUAUUAUAUCAGCUUUACUUGGAAUCGGGUAGCUUGAUCAAUGCUAGUGACUUUUGGCAGGCUUUCCGCGCAAUCGCAGACGACGCUGAUGAUCAGCGGGCCACUGCGCUCUUCCAACGCGGCCUAGCAGAAUUGAGAUGUUUGGGUGUCAUCAAAAGCACGCGGCGAAGAAUUGACCAUCUCUCGAAAGUGGCGUGGAGGGGCCUCUGA